CACUUAUCGGUUAUCACUCACGUGUAGAUGUCUGCUGUUAAUUAUUAUGUUUUUAACUAGCUAGCAACUAGUAGCUAUUUCAGCUUUAGGCUUUAGCAUCUAGUUCUAACUUCUGAAGUCGAAAUAAUUUUCAUUAACUCCUUACAUUUUUUAUCUGCUUCCUAAUAAAUAUUUGUAUUACAUAAAUCCGAUCUUCCAAAAUAUCAACUAAGUAAUUGAAUAAUAUAUUACUGAUAUGGACCCUAAUGACAAAGUUAAAAAUAUCAACACAUCAAUGACUGAUGAAGAACGCGAACUACUUGCUAGUAGUCUAGAUGAAGAUUUGGAUGCCUUCAUAGGUAAUCUAAAACAGAAACCGUAUGAAGAUGGUUGGGAUGAAUCCAAUUGGCGAGAAGAAAUGGAUAAACAUCCAUUUUUUAUGAGUAAACCCCCCGAUCCGACAGAAGAACUCUCACCGCUUGUUGAAGGUUUACAAAAUUUACGAUAUGAUCCAGAUGAUAACACUCCUGAAGAGUUAGCUGAUAAACAUAAGGAAGAUGGAAAUUUUAACUUUAAAUGUAAAAAGUAUAGACUGGCUAUUAUGUGUUAUCAGGAAGGCCUUAAAUUAAAUUUUCAAAAUGAUCAGCUGCGUGCACAAAUGUUUAACAACAUGUCUGCAUCCCAUUAUUUUUUAAAAAACUAUAGAUCAAGUUUGAAAGCAGCUGAGCAAGCUCUUAAAUUGAAACCUGACUAUGAAAAAACUAUAAUGAGAGCAAUUAAUUGCUGUGUUCAACUGAAUGACUUUGACGAUUGUAUGGAAUAUUGUGACAAAUUUCUUCAACGUGUACCUGAUGACCAAACUGUAAUAGACAUUAAAAAAAAAGCACUCAAAUCUAAGAAAAUAAUGGAAAAAGAUCAAAGGAAGAUGACGAAAGUCCAAAAACAACAAGAAGCUGAAAACCACAAACUAUUAGACGAGCUUAAUAAAAGAAAUUUAGUAAUAUUCGGAAAAAAAAGUGGUCUAAUUAAAGAUUUAUCAGUUUUGGAUCCAAAAGUUCCAGGCUUAGUACAGAGAGUGCAUUUGGUUGAAAAUCGUCUUGUAUGGCCAGUUACAUUCUUGUAUCCAGAAUAUCAAACAUCCGAUAUUGUACAAGAGUUUCAUGAAGAUUCUAUGUUUUAUGAUCAUCUGUUACAAAUGUUUUCUGAACGACCAGAAUGGGAUGUAGAAGGAAAAUAUAAUGCAGAUAUAGUAAAUGUUUACUUUGAAGUUAUCAAUACUGCUAAUAUAAGUAGUGUUAUUAAGAUAGAUAAAUAUAAAUGUACCUUGUCAGAAGUAUUAACCAAACUAAGAUGCCCAAUUGACAAUGGGAUGCCAGUUUUUUUGGUGUUUGUUGCUGGUGAGAAACAUGAAAAAGAUUUUUUAGAUGCAGCCUCUUGAAUAUUAAUUAAUAUAAAUGUGAAUACAUUUUUAAAAUGUUCAAGAUUGUUCUCUUUGUAUUGUUCUGUUAUUAUUGUUUAGUUCAAAAUAAACAUUUCUCUAUUGAUAUUAUUA